UAAACUCUGGCGACGUAGAGCAACGGAGAGCAGUCCAGACUAAACACUAGCUAGAAUCUCUUAUUUAUUACCAACCCAAGUGGACCACCAUGGCAUCGGGCGGGGAAUCCAAAAAUGAUGAUCUAUCAACUGCAAUUCUGAAGCAGAAGAACAGACCCAACAGACUGAUUGUUGAUGAAUCCAUCAAUGAAGACAACAGUGUUGUGUCACUUUCUCAGACCAAGAUGGACGAGUUGCAGCUAUUCCGUGGUGACACAGUGCUGAUGAAGGGGAAAAAGAGGCGAGAGACUGUGUGCAUUGUACUGUCUGAUGAUACCUGCUCUGACGAAAAGGUUCGCAUGAACAGAGUGGUACGCAACAAUCUGAGGGUCCGUCUUGGUGAUGUCAUCAGCAUUCAGCCAUGUCCUGAUGUGAAAUAUGGAAAGAGGAUUCAUGUCCUACCAAUAGAUGACACAGUAGAGGGAAUUACUGGCAACCUCUUUGAGGUCUACCUGAAGCCAUACUUCUUAGAGGCAUACAGGCCAAUUCGCAAAGGUGAUAUCUUCCUGGUCAGAGGAGGCAUGCGUGCUGUAGAGUUCAAGGUGGUAGAGACCGAUCCUUCACCUUAUUGCAUUGUUGCUCCUGAUACAGUCAUUCACUGUGAGGGAGAGCCCAUCAGGAGAGAGGAUGAAGAAGAAUCCCUGAACGAGGUGGGCUAUGAUGACAUCGGAGGAGUUAGGAAGCAGCUUGCUCAGAUCAAAGAGAUGGUGGAGCUGCCUCUCAGACACCCUGCACUAUUUAAGGCCAUAGGAGUUAAGCCCCCACGUGGAAUCCUUCUGUAUGGACCCCCUGGAACCGGAAAAACUUUGAUUGCCAGGGCUGUGGCCAAUGAAACAGGAGCUUUCUUCUUCCUCAUCAAUGGCCCUGAGAUCAUGAGUAAAUUGGCCGGAGAGAGCGAGAGUAAUCUGAGAAAGGCCUUCGAGGAAGCUGAGAAGAAUGCGCCUGCCAUCAUCUUUAUCGAUGAACUUGAUGCAAUCGCUCCAAAGAGAGAGAAGACUCAUGGAGAGGUGGAGAGGCGCAUCGUUUCUCAGCUGCUCACUCUUAUGGACGGCCUGAAACAGAGAGCUCAUGUGAUCGUCAUGGCUGCCACCAACAGACCCAACAGCAUUGACCCAGCUCUUAGGAGAUUCGGGCGCUUUGACAGGGAAGUGGACAUUGGCAUUCCUGAUGCAACUGGCAGGUUGGAGAUUCUCCAGAUUCACACAAAGAACAUGAAACUGGCUGACGAUGUUGACUUGGAACAGGUAGCCAAUGAGACCCAUGGGCAUGUGGGUGCAGAUCUGGCAGCUCUCUGUUCUGAAGCUGCUCUGCAGGCCAUCAGGAAGAAGAUGGACCUGAUUGACCUUGAAGACGAGACCAUUGAUGCUGAAGUGAUGAACUCACUGGCUGUUACUAUGGAUGACUUCAAGUGGGCUCUAAGCCAGAGCAACCCAUCGGCACUGAGGGAGACAGUUGUUGAGGUUCCCAACAUCACCUGGGACGAUAUUGGAGGUCUGGAAGAUGUUAAGAGGGAGCUGCAGGAGCUGGUGCAGUACCCUGUGGAGCACCCAGACAAGUUCCUCAAGUUUGGCAUGACCCCAUCCAAGGGUGUGCUAUUCUAUGGUCCCCCUGGUUGCGGUAAGACACUACUGGCCAAAGCUAUUGCCAAUGAGUGCCAGGCGAACUUCAUCUCCAUCAAAGGACCCGAGCUGCUCACCAUGUGGUUUGGAGAAUCUGAGGCCAAUGUCAGAGAGAUCUUUGACAAGGCGCGCCAGGCUGCCCCUUGUGUCCUCUUCUUUGAUGAGCUGGAUUCCAUAGCCAAGGCCCGUGGUGGCAAUGUGGGUGACGGUGGUGGAGCUGCCGACCGUGUCAUCAACCAGAUCCUGACUGAGAUGGAUGGAAUGUCGAGCAAGAAAAAUGUCUUCAUCAUUGGGGCCACCAACAGACCAGACAUCAUCGAUCCUGCCAUCCUGAGGCCUGGUCGUCUCGAUCAGCUCAUCUACAUCCCCUUGCCUGAUGAGAAGAGCAGAAUCAGCAUCCUGAAGGCCAAUCUCCGCAAGAGUCCAAUCAGCAAGGAUGUGGACUUGGACUUCCUGGCUAAGAUGACCAAUGGCUUUUCUGGAGCUGAUCUUACAGAAAUCUGCCAGCGGGCGUGUAAACUGGCAAUCAGAGAGAGCAUUGAGAACGAGAUCCGCAGAGAGAGAGAGAGGCAGACCAACCCGUCAGCUAUGGAGGUGGAAGAGGAUGAUCCUGUUCCAGAGAUCAGAAAGGACCACUUUGAAGAAGCAAUGCGAUUUGCUCGUCGCUCUGUCAGUGACAAUGACAUCCGCAAAUAUGAGAUGUUUGCUCAAACACUGCAGCAGAGCCGGGGCUUUGGCAGCUUUAGGUUUCCUACCAGUACUGCAGGAGGCAGUGGUCCAAGUCAUGGUGCAGGUGGAACUGGCAGUAGUCCAGUGUUCAAUGAAGACAACGAUGAUGAUCUUUAUGGAUAAAUUAUACUGCCCAACAGUGGUCAGUCCUGGGAUCACACCUGUACAAAUUCUCACCAGAUUCCACAUUUUUAGGACUUUGUGCUUCUUUCAUGUGUUUUUUCUUUUUGUAUCAUUUCUUUUUUUUUUUCCCCCUUGGAGAAAGCAUGUAGCCACUUGAUUUACCCUGACUUUGUGGGUGGGGUAAUGGGAUGUUUGAAAAAGGUGAGUGACUGGUGCAAAUAGUUUUUUUUUUUUUUUUUUUUUAUUAAGUUUUUGGUUGUUUUCUUUUUUUUUCUUUAUUUUUAUUUCUUUGUUUAGUUUUUUCCUGGAGGGAAUUGCCAUUUUGAGUGGCCUCAUUCUCAGUAUAUCACAAACAAAUUGAAUGGCUAUAUUGACGCGAUUAUAUGCUAGAUUUGGAAAGGAAAAAAACAAACAUAUUGCUGAUGAUUACUUUUUUCUUUUUUAAAAUAAACAGUAGCAUAUAAUGUAUUUCAGAUUUGUCAAGGUUAUGUUGUUGAAAAUAAAAUUUCACCAAAUGGA